CUCUCUGUAUGACCCCGCUAGACAGGACUCUGCUCUCUGUGCUUCCGGGUUCAUUUUGCAUUUGUGAUUCUCCAAACUCUGCGGCGUUCUCAAAGUUGGGACAGUGUGGCUUGUUCUUCGAGCUUAACAUGGAGGACCUUCUGUCAUUCACAGAUGUGGCCAUUGAUUUCUCUGCAGAUGAGUGUGAAUGUCUGGACUCUGCUCAGUGGAAUUUGUAUAAGGAAGUGAUGUUGGAGAAUUACAGCAACCUUGUGUUCCUGGGUCUUGCUUUCUCUAAGCCACACCUGGUCACAUUUCUGGAGCAGAGUUCAGAUCCGUGGAGCGUGAAGAGGAAAGCAUCAGCGGCCAUCUCUCUAGGAUCAAAACCGCAUAAAUGUAAAGAGUGUGGGAAGGCCUUUGAUAGGAACUCAGUCCUUAUUCAGCAUCAAAGAAUUCAUACUGGAGAGAGAUCCUAUAAAUGUGAAGAAUGUGGCAAAACGUUUAAUUAUUCUUCCAGCCUUAAACAGCACCAAAGAAUUCAUACUGGCGAGAAACCCUACAAAUGUGAAGUGUGUGGCAAAGCUUUUAACUGUUCUUCAUAUCUGGGUAAGCAUCAAAGAAUCCAUACUGGAGAGAAACGCUACAGAUGUGAAGAAUGUGGUAAAGCUUUUACUAAUUGUUCAGGACUUACUGUUCACCGAAGAGUUCAUACUGGAGAGAAACCCUACAAAUGUGAAGAAUGUGGCAAGGCCUUUAGUGUUCGCACAACACUCUCAAACCAUCAGAGAAUUCACACUGGAGAGAAACCUUACAAAUGUGAAGAAUGCGGUAUGGCCUUUAAUGUUCGCUUUCUUCUUUCUAAGCACCAGCAAACUCAUACUGGAGAAAAACCCUACAAAUGUAAAGAAUGUGGCAAAGCUUUUAACUGUUCUUCCAGCCUUCACCAACACCAACAAAUUCAUAGGGGAGAGAAACUCUAUAAGUGUGAUGACUGUGGGCAGGCCUUUAGCUGUUCUUCAUAUCUGUAUAAGCAUCGUCGAAUCCAUACUGGCAUGAAACCCAGCAAAUGCAAGGAAUGUGGCAAGACCUUUUACUGUUCUGUAAACCUUAUUUACCACCAGAGAAUUCAUACUGGAGAGAAACCAUAUAAAUGUAAUGAGUGUGGAAAAGCUUUUAGCAUUUACUCAAGAUUUAUGAAACACCAGCAAAUACAUAGUGGAGAAAAACCCUAUAAAUGCAAAGAAUGUGAGAAAGCCUUUAAUAAUUGUUAUAAUCUAAUUCAACACCAAAGAAUUCAUACUGGAGAGAAACCCUACAAAUGUAAAGACUGUGGCAAAGCCUUUCAUUAUACUUCAAGCCUUGCUCAACAUGAAAGAAUUCAUACUGGAGAGAAACCCUACAAAUGUGAAGAAUGUGGCAAGGCCUUUAACUCUUCUUCAAAUCUUAAAAAUCAUUGGAGACUCCAUACUGGUGAGAAGCCCUACAAAUGUGAACAAUGUGGGAAAGCCUUUAAAGACUGUUCUAGCUUUACUCGACACUAUAGAAUUCAUACUAGAGAAAACCCAGAUUAGCUCAACCAUGUCGCAAAGCCUUCCAUAAUCAUUUACUGAUAAUUCAACUCUAACGAAUUCAUAUGAGAAGGAAAGGAACAAGGGAAGACCUUUAAUAAUAGCUCAAGCCUUAUUUACCCUCUUCCAUUAAAUGCAGGAGAGAUCUUAUAACGUGAAGAAGAUGGCCGUGAUGAGCAAUCUAUACUUAUGCAACAUCAAAAUUUUCAUUUUACAGAAACUCCACAAAUGCAAGUAUUGUGGGGAAUGCACACUCAGCACCAGUGAAUUAUAAUCAAACUGUAUACGUGCAUAAUGACUCAGGAAGGAACGCAGUCAAGCACAUAAAACUGAGACGCCCGAACUCUUACAGUAAGAAGCAAUGUGUACACUGUGUUGCAAAAUCAAAUAGAUCUUAAGAGAUAUAAGAGACAAAUUCCAGGAGUUGUAGAGAAUUUAGCCAAGGAACAAAUACUGCUUAUAAUCGGCAGGAAAAUGUUUGGUGUAAUAUAAAAACUCAUUACACACUUUGGGUCAUGCAGAUAAGUCUGUGAGGACAUCAGUGUGUUAUAAAUCCAAAUUAUAAGCUCAGUUUUUAAGAGUGAAAAGUUCACGACUAGUGAUUUUAUCAGAAGAACAAGACUGAGUCCUGAGGUUUCCGAGUCUGUUUUUUUUACCCCCAAAGUCCAUAGAUACAUUAUUAGAAUAUGAAGUUUAGUAACUUUUGAAAAUAAAAAGAAGCUGUUUUUAAUGUA